AUGCUGGCAGCGCUGCACCUCGCCACAGAUGUCCUGGAGGCCGCAAUUGCUUGGCUCGGCCGUCGGUCGGCUUCCCGCGAUGCCUCGAGCUGCCUCUUGGCUGAGCUCUUGGUUUUUGCCAAGGUCCAGCUGGGCACUGAGACAGGUGUCCGGACUGAGGUUGCGAAUGCUCGAGGUACUGUACUUAGAGUGGAGGAGGAUUUCAAGAUUUCUUCCUACGUUUGGGCUGGAGAUUGCUGCAUGAAGGAGAUUGAGGUGCAGAAUGCCACCCGCUAUUCGAAGCAGCUAAGGCAAACAGCCAGCUUCACGCAGCCGUGGAAAGGCGAGGAGCGCGCUGAGAGUGCGGAGCAUGCUGCAGAAGUCUGCAUCCAUCAUCAGCUGCUUGGCUCUUGCAGUUUUCGGGUGAAGCCCUUCUCGCCAGCAGCGUUCGCGCUCAAUCAGCACGUCAUGACGAUCCUGGGCUCCGAGGUUCUAUAUAAGUUCGGGCCAGACGCUUUGCCGCAGGGGCUGGACACACACCGUGAGCGCUACGACACUCCGGAUGGUGAUUUUUUCGACGUCGACUUCACAGCUGCGGCUGGUCCUGCCGUGGGUGCCAUCACGUCGGAGCGACCAGUGGUGAUUUUGCUACACGGACUGGAAAGCAACUCCCGCACACCAUUCUGCUGCCGCUUGGCGCGCGCCUUCCAAAGCGAGGGCUUCGACGUGGCUGUGCUUUGCUUCAGAUCUUGCUCUGGAGAGAUGAAUCGGACAGCCGGCUUCUACAACGUAGGCUUUACCGACGACCUAGUGCAGCUCUGCAGGGAGCUGCAUACCUCCCCGUCGCGGCAGAUCUUCCUGUCGGGCUUCUCUUUGGGAGGCAACGCCAUCUGCAAAUUGCUUGGCGAGCUUGGGGAGGACGUGGCUUCGUUGGGUAUCAAGGGCGCGGCCGUUUGCAGCGUUCCUUUCAUGCCAGAGGUGUGCUCUGCCGCCAUGGAUGAUGGCAUGGGACGCCUCUACGCAUGGAACUUCCUGAAGUCGCUGAAGCCAAAAGCGCAAGCGAAAGCUGAGAUCCUGAAAGCGAGAGGGGAGCCGGUGCCCUACGACUUGGAGAAGACGCUGCAGGCAGAGACCAUUGGUGACUUUGACGACGCGUGUGUGGCCCCCCUGUACGGCUUCAAAGACAAGCUGGACUAUUACCGGACUCAGGGAUCCAUGCGCUUUUU